AUGACAUUCCUCCGCAUCUGCGUCACCGCCCUGCUCGCGAGCUUGGCGGCAGCCACGCGCGAGCCGGCGGAGCCUGAAGGCCCGCCGACGCAGCUGCUGGAGACGUCCGACCUGGUCAACACGCGGUGGGAGCUGUUGGUGGUGCCGCGCGAGGAAGGGUGGCUUCCGUCGGACGACUUUCUCGCCGAGGUGACGCUGCUCGCCGACGGCUCCGUCGUCUGGGGCGGUGCGGUCGGCGGGCCGGGCACAGGCGGCCGCUGGACGCUCAACGGCGAGACGCUGGAGAUCAUCCGGACGACGCCGCUCGGGCUGGUGAGCGGACGCGACUACUACAUGUCCAACGCGCUCGCCGAGGUGACGAGCGGGCUGCAGCUCGCGCUGCGCGGCGUGAUCCGCUCGUACAACGCGAUCUACCCCGUCGCUGUCGUCGCCGACUUCGUCGCCGUCAGGGCUCCGCCGUUCAUGCGGCCGAUGCGAAGGCUCUAG